AUGGCGUUGCCUGUCGGACUCGCGAACUUGGGCAAUUCGUGCUUUAUCAACGCAUCGGUCCAGUGCCUCGCGGCUGUUCCGGCCCUGCGGGAAGCCAUUGCUGCUGGCACAUCGGAGAAGGAGGUUGCCUUGCAAGCGGUUCUUCGCAAGUUGGACUCGCAUCAACCCCGCAUUGUGCCGCGAGAGCUAACAGCUGUCUACUACCACGGCAGGCAGGAAGAUGCCGCCGAAUUCUUGGUCCUGCUGCUGGCCGAGUGCCCGGGCCUACACCCUUCUCUUCGGGGGCUUGAAGUACCGCUGCUGCGUUGUCGGCAUUGCGGCUACGAGCGCACCUCGCAGCCUGAAGAAUUUCUCUCGCUCCAGAUCUCCGUGCGCGAGGACAAUCCCAUGACAUCGGUGCAGGAGGCCAUGACGCACUACUUGCAGCGGACCGAGAUCCGCCAGGACUUCACCGAGUGGUCGUGUGAAAAUCCAGAGUGCAUGCGUCAAGAGCGAGCUCUCGACGAACCUGUGGGGUUCAACAUCAUCCCUGAGUGGCCCCAGGUGCUGCAGCUACUCUUCAAGCGGUGGACACUCCACGACGUAGUGGGCCACAAAGUCCACUGCAAUGACGUCUUGGACAUGUCCGGCAAAAGCUACCGCCUACAGGCCCUCAUCACUCACAUCGGAAGGUCGGCUAAUGCUGGUCACUAUGUGGCUUACAUUCGGCAUGGCUCCGGCUUCCUGAGGAUGAGCGACACCAGCGUGAGCCACGUGCCGCAGGAUCUGGUGGGCGACUUUGUCUCCUUACCCGACGAAAAGGUUUAUGUGGUCUUUUAUGUCGCUCUGCCUGCAGCUCCUCGUCCGGAUGAACCCGUUCGAGUGCCCGUACUUGACAUCGACGGCACCGACAGCGACUCGGAUGUCAUCAUACAGCACGACAGCAUAGAGCCGGCAGUGAAGCAGCCUAGUGCCCACGUCGCCCUGAGCCAGGAGAUGACCAUGCCAAGCCAAUCCAAGCGAGCCGGCUCCGGAGGCCAGCAAUCAAGUGUUGCCAAAAAGACUCGUACCAGUUCCUACACAGCCGAUGAGCAGCGACAAAUCGAUGACAUUCUGGAGGCUGCCAAGACCGUGCCAGAAGCUCUAAAGCAGCUGACAGAGAACAUUCCCGGCUUCACCACCAAAGAUAAGAAGUCCGACCGCUACAUGGCAAGAAGCACGGUGCAGUACCGGCGUGCAGCCAAGAACCGACCGAAGUACCGGCAGGCAGCCGCCACGAAGUCGUCAGCUUGGACAGGCGAGGCCGAGAUGUACUUCAAGCCGUUUCAACAGAAACCAUCGCCUCGAACUUUGCCGCCGCCGACCACGAAGGCCGCCGCAUGGGCACAAUCCCAGUCGUGGACCUUCUGCAGCAAAUGUGGGAGACACCGACCGCGCACAGCCUCCCUCAGAAAUCUCGCCGCCUGUGUUGAUUGCAAGCCGGAGUGCGAUCCGACAGCGAAGUCGCUGCUGGUUCCCGGCCAAGUCUCCGCCAAGAAGAAGCUCAUGGCGUAUGUCACUCCCCAGCCAAGCGACUGGGACGAGAUGCUGGCCGCCUUGGACUCUGAUGACCUGGCUACUGCUUUGACCACGGAGGACUUGGAAACGUUGGUUGUGGUCGACCUGUACGUCGAUUUCAAGACCGUGCGCGGCGGCAAGAGUGACAUCACCAGCUUGAAGAAACAAAGCGUUGUUCGCGCGGAAUGGAGAGCGCAACCUUUGUGCGACGUUCCUCGCAGCAGGGCAGCGGCAACCGCCUUCGCGUGGUUACUGAACAACAACACCACCUACAAGGAGUUCGUCGAGAUCCAGGCCAGCUUGUGUUCCAAUCAUGCCGAUAACGACGCAAGCUGGCGCCGCAUAGCCACUGCGGACUUGUUGCUCAACAAGCCGGGUAUCGAGGUUGCCUGCAGACCAUGGCUAUACCCGUACGCCAGCUACGGUGACACGGACCUGACUCUUCGACUCAGGGAGCUGGACAUCAUCAAGACUACCUCGAAGCCAAGCUUGCGUGCCAGUUGGGAGCGCAAAUCCACCUCGCGAUGUGUCAGCUACGUCAACGACUUCAAGUUGCAGUGUUUGUUGUACGAUGUGGCAAUGGCUAAAACGAUUUCGACCGUCGCCAGUCUCGCGGCCUCCAAGAAGAUGGCUCCAGAGAGCCUCGCGUCGGAGAUGGACAUGUUCGACACGUACUGGCACAAUCAGAUCCACAAAAUGGAAGAUAUAUGCCGUUUGGAGUUCGAGCGUCAUCAAUGCAUGGAUAAAGCCAUGCCCAAUGUCUUCGUGACCAUCGCCCCAGCAGAAUGGACGUUCCCGUUGCAGGAGGGACUUUUCUUUGCGGAUAGCCUCUCCAAGCAGCAGACGAUGCUCAGUCGCCACAUCUGCCACGUCUUGGACGUUGUCUUGCACGAGUACCUCCUCAAGCCAGGACCUCACCUCCAAGGACUUGGGCUGGCUGCCAUUCGGCAGUGGUCCUUUCGGUAUGAGUUUCAGUCCCGAGGAACAGUCCAUGCUCACUUGGUGCUCUGGGUCGAUUUGGUUCCCGGUGUCACCUGUGAGGACCUGUCAGGUCGCACAAACACGAAGCAUAACUCGGCUCUCGUCAAACACCUGGAAAGCUUGUUCAAUUGCCGGAUCGACGUGCAAGCCGCUCGUGGGGGCCACAUUCUGAUGCGAUAUGUCAUGGGCUACGUGCACAAAGCAUCGGACGCGCUGUCCUUCAAGGCCACAGAAGCCUCCGGUCCCGUGCUGUCAGCGAACACCACUUGGAGAACUACAUACCGCUUGCUUUGCAAGAAGGCUCCAUUAGAGCAGGAAAUCGCGCUGGAAUUCGCCGGCAAGAGCAUGGUCCGCCAUUCUUUCUUUGGCUGCAACUACUAUGCUCCGAUCCCAGGGUCUGCAGCAACAAACCUGAGCCGUGCGGCAUACAACGCUUUUCAGCAUGGUCUUCGCAGAGGCAACUACACGGGCUAUUCUUAUCUUGCUUGGCUAAGAGACCAUCGCAUCGAGCCGUCUGCCCAAGGCGCUUGCAAGGUCACGCCGAGAACGGCCAGCAAGAAGACCGCAAAGGAUGUGGGAGUCGCCGUGCAGUUUCCAUUCGAACUUCUGGACAUCUUCGUGGGCGCGUGGGCUGCAACCUUCCUCGUGGCCAUGGACGAGCGUCGAUUGUGGCCGGGUGGCAGUCCAGGCUAUCCCAAAGGGUUCGAAAUCGAGCUGAAGCGGCGAAACAGCUUCGACGCACCUCAAGGCUGUCAGCAUCUCAAGGCCGUGCUCUGCCUGGACGACUUCCAGAUGCACCCCGAGCGCACCGAUUUCGCACCCGACGUCGCGAGGCUGCUGGUAACCAUUGAGCAAGACCUGAUCAUCCGAGGCCUCGCCGCAGAUCGCAUUGCGACCUUCAAAGCCCGCGUCAAUUCAUGUGCACUCUUGCUGCAACGCGUGGCUGGAAGACAAGAGGACCCCACCACCUGGAGUGCCCGGCGCAUAUUCCAGUUGCCACAGCGAGUCUGGUCGAAAGAGCAGAACGAGGUGCUGCAGAUUAUUGCCGAAGGCACGAACGUCCAGGAUGCGAAUGAGCUCGACACCAACACCCGUUUGCUGCAUGUCAAGGGCGGGUUGCGGAGCUAUGACCUUAUUAUCUUUGAUGAAAUCUCCCAGAUUGACGCCCAUGUCUGGAGACUUCUUCAAACAGCCCUGGCAGACUUGCACCCACAGCCCUUCGUGGUGUUCGUUGGAGAUUUUCAACAGCUGCAGCCCAUCACAGGACUGCCGCAGUUGCAGUUGGACCUCGAAAGGCAAACCUCCAAGAACUUGCUGCCAACAAUCGAGCUCCAACCCCACGCGGCAGCUCGCUCCACUGACCCCGUCAUGCUGGACUUCCUGGGUUUGGUUCGCACAACACAACCCCCUCGGGCAACACUGGAGCAUUUCUUUCGCAAUCGGAUCUUUCCCAAGCAGCCUGACCUGGCUGCGCAGCAAGCUCGAGCUUUCGAGAUCGAGAGUGGAGAGAAGUUCACGUUCCUCACCGUGACGAAUCCGGGGGCUUAUAGACUGAACAUAGAAUGCCUGAAGCUCGACUAUCCACAAGCUGCUGCUGCACUCGCAGCUGGCGCAGGCUACCCCGCGGAUAGCAGUUCCGGGCAGGACAGAAUUCUGGUGGAAGUGGGCAUGCGCCUGCGGCUGACUCGGAAUCUGGACAAGGAUCGAGGCUUCGUGAACGGCAAUCUCGGAAUUGUGGAAACCAUGCUGCGGCCGGAUGUGUUUGUCGUCAAGACCAUGCAGGACGUUUUGAUCUUAGUCCAUCCCAUCACUGUGAGAGGCCGCAAGUUCAUUCCAGCCUGUUAUGCCUAUGCUACCACGAUUCGCCGGGCACAAGGGGCUACGCUGGCGGCCGCUUGUCUCCGCUUCGAUCGACCACGCCCAGAUCGAGGCUACGCCUACGUGGGGGCGUCAAGGGUGAAAUACCAUGGUCACUUGUUCCACAUGGGCCGGCUUCGGCGCACGGACUGGCUGCCUGUGAACGGCGACCCAGACCACGAGCAGUUGGUGCCGAGUGCAAUCAGUGAAUCCACCGACUCGGAGCAGGAGCACGAGCCUGAUACUACCUCGGACACGGACCCAGACCCUAGUAACGAUGACUUUCCCAGCUCAUACAGUGACCCGAGCUUCGAACCUAGCUGGGGCAGCGACAGCGAUUUCAGUAGCUGA